AUGCUUCAGCAGAUUCUGCAUGACAUGUACAUCGACCCUGAGCUCCUCGCUGAGCUCAGCGAUGUGCAGAAGCACAUCCUCUUCUACAAAAUGCGCGAGGAGCAGCUGAGACGCUGGAGGGAGCGUGAGGCUUGGGAGGCCCUGGCCCAGGUCGAGGGCCUCAGGCCCCCCAAGGUCAAACGAGCGAGUGACAAGCACAUCCAGUGGCUGCUGGGGGCAGAUGGCGAGGUCUGGGUCUGGAUCAUGGGAGAAGGUCCUGGCGACAAGCCCUAUGAAGAGAUCUCUGAGGAGCUGAUUGCAGAGAGAGCGCGGCUGCAGGCGCAGCGGGAAGCCGAGGAACUCUGGAGACAGAAGGAGGCAGAGAUCACCAGAAAGUUCCGGGAUGCUCUGGCCAAUGAGAAAGCCCGGAUCCUGGCAGAGAAGUGGAAGGUGGAGAUGGAGGACCGCAAAGCUGCCAAAGUCCUGGAGGAGCGCAUCCAUGAGGAAUUCAAGAGGAAAGAGGAAGAGGAGAGGAAGCGAGGAGAAGAGCAGAUUCGCCUCCAGGAAGAGCAGAGGGCGAAGGAACUCUACUGGACCCUGAAGCAGGCCCAGCUGCAAAGCCACCCCAGCGAGAAGGAGGAACGUGAGUGGGAAGAACAGUUGCGCCGAUCCAAGGCGGCUGACGAGGAGAGGAGCCGCCGAGCCCAGCGUGCCCGGGAUGAGUACCAGCGUCACUCGCUCCGCGCCAUCCAGAAGGGCACCGUUGCCGGACUCAGCUCCAGGUUCCGAGAGCUCGGCCAGAGCCAUGAGCAGGAGGCGAGACUCGACCACCGCCUCCCAGGCCCGGGGCCGCUUUCACCCCUGGCCGUGCCUGGCAGCAGGACCUGGGAGCGGCCCCUGCGCCCCGUCUCCAGAGAAGUCAUAGUCCGCUGGUUUAAGGAGGAGCAGCUGCCUCGCCGAGCGGGCUUCGAGAGGAACACCAAAGCCAUCGCCCCCUGGUUCCAUGGAAUUAUCAGCCGAGAAGAUGCCGAAGAUCUCCUUGAGAAUAUGACCGAGGGUGCAUUUCUGGUCCGGGUCAGUGAGAAAAUCUGGGGUUAUACCCUCUCCUACCGCCUGCAGAAGGGGUUCAAGCAUUUUCUUGUGGAUGCCUCUGGGGAUUUUUACAGCUUCCUGGGAGUGGACCCCAAUCGCCAUGCGACACUCACGGAUCUCAUUGAUUUCCACAAGGAGGAAAUUAUCACUGUUUCAGGGGGAGAGUUGCUGCAGGAACCCUGUGGACAGAGGGACAACCCACCAGACUACCAUCUGUUGUUUGAAUGAUUUUUUUCCCCCUUCUCAAUUGAACUUCAUUGGGCACCCUGUUUUUGAACUCAAGAACUUCCCAGCUCAAAUCCUUAUGGCCUUCUGGAAGAUCCACUAACAUCCAGAGGAACAAGUGGAUUAGUAUAUUUCAACAAAUAUGAAAUAUAUAGUGUAUGUGUUGGUGGUUCCUGACCCUGUGCCCAGGACAGAAAUUGCUAAUUGCUGAUGCAGCUCUUUCCUGAAAAAUUUAGAUAUGACCUCAGAAAAUAAAGCCAUUUUGUCAGGGCUGCCCUAAACUGAGCUCCUAGAGUACACGGUCAUGUUUUAAUUAUCCAAAUAAUUCCAGUGCCGAACUCUGAAUUUAACCUAUGGUAGACGUUCAAUCAAUGUUUGUUGAAUGAAUGCACUUCUGUUGAAAGCUUUCCAACACUUGUCAGCAAUGAUUUCUAGUAAGUUCUAUUUGUCGCUGUUUAUAAAGUCGUGGAGAUUAGGGAAGAAAUAUUAUCAAGGGUUUAUAUGGAAGGCAUAGGUACUGUAUCUUAAAUGAUAUUCAUUCUCAUUGAUAUUAUCAUUGGAAUUACCUAAGGCUUCUGAGUCCCAGCUUCUAGAACAGACGGUAUUGCCCUGUCUUUGUAUUACCCUCUUCUUCUGCCGUCUCUCGUUUUUCUUGGAAUCAUAUCUUGGCCUCAGCUCUGCAAUAUUGAGGCAGUGGUUUCAUGUAUUUCUACAGAUGUGCCUAAGCCCCAGGGAGAAUUAAAAAUCCAAGGAUGGUUUGUAGACCUCUGAUAUGGCCUUUGCUUUCUAGGAUGUGGUCCUGUUUAUGCAGGUUACUCAAAUAAUUAGCUCUAUCCUCACAGUCCUUUUGAUUUUGAUUCUACUGUCCAUUUAUACUGGGCUUCCCAGGUGGCAUUAGUGGUAAAGAACCUGCCUGCCAGUGCAGGAGAUGUAAGAGACACGGGUUCGAUCCCUGGGUCAGGAAGAUCCCCUGGAGAAGGAAAUGGCAACCACUCCAGUAUUCUUGCUUGGAGAAUCCCAUGACAGAGGAGCCUUGUGGGCUACAGUCCAUAGGGUCACAAAGAGUCAGACAUGACUGAAGCGACUGAGCAUGCAUCCUUGCAUGCCUAUUUAUACUGAGUAUGUUCUAUUUAUACUAUGUUUAUAUUGAGUACAUUCUUCUUAUUAACAAGAAAACUCUCUCAGUAACUCCUCAAUAGCUUUCAGCAUUGGUGUCUUUGCAUGCUCAUGUUUCACAUUUAUGGAUUAUACGUAUUUAUAUAUGACAUGUUAUCAUGGGAAUUUUAUAGACUGCAGAAUCAAGCAGACUUGGGUUCAAAUCACACCCUGAAACUGACUAGUAUUAUAAUGCUGGCAGUAUUGUAUUUGGUGGGAGUAAAAGGAUGAAUGGACUCUGGCCCUCAGUGAACUGGUUACCUUACUUGAUAGUUGUAUCAGAUAUCUCUCAUGCUCUAUUCCACCACUGACCUCACCUGUUCCUCAGAUCACCUUGGCUACUUGCCACUUGUUUUACUCCAGUCGCCACCACUAAAACCAGUUCUGGAUGAGCUCUACUCUUCCCCGCCAUGUUGAUCAGCUUUACGUGAGCAUUGGCCAAUGGUGCCUUGCCAUGUGUGGUGCUAUGAGCUGUUCUUCUGUUACUGCAGAGGCAUUGAGACACCAUGCCACCCAGGAGAGCUGGGAAGUUAAUUCCCCAUGCAGAGAAUCUUGGGUCAAUGGGAGACAGAGGCUGGUGAUCAGUUCUUCUCCCUUCCUCCUCCCUUCUGGAUGGACUGUACCACGAGGCAGUUCUUCUUAUGCAAGACAUAUUAAGACAGUCCAAUAAGACCGAGCAACUGGUCAUGAUGAAACAAGCAGUAGCUGGAUCAGUACCAUCCCUUCCAUCUCUGCCUCACUUCUGCCUUUGUUUUUUUUUUCCUUCUCUCCUGGUCCCUCAGGACUUUGUUCCCAUGUGAAACAGCAGCAUAUAAGCAUGUGCCACAGGCUUAGCAUUUUGGGGAAGCCAGGGUAAGGAUCCAUCAUACAAAUGUGUUUUAUAAUAUAAAGUUUGCAUCCUGACUCCAUGGCCUCCCUCCUAUUUCCCUGCAUCACAGGGCCCCUGAAUGGAUGCAAGAAAGUGAUUGAGAGCAUUGGCUUUCUGAACUGCAAAUUGCUUUAAAACCUGAUUAUUAUUAUUGUUACUAUUAUUAUUACCUUCUUUCUAUUAGACUCUGAGAAAUCGAAUUAGAGUUUUGGCUGCUACUUAACUAACCAUAUGACUCUGUUCAUGUCAUUUAACCUCACUGAAGUUCAGUGUAACUGAGAAGAGAACUUCCUAUAUGGCCAUCACUAGGCCUCUUGGCAGGUCAGUCAAAUGAUAAAUAUGAGAGCUCUGUGAAAUGGAAGGUAUUGCUGGUGACCACUGCUUUAACAGUGACAACAGUUUCAAGUGUCAAGGGGAUAUGAUGUGAUGAUUUUCGAGGUGUUAGAAGGAACUAACAAGAAGAAACUUCUUUUCAAAAGCAGCUUUGAAAGCAGACGAGGAUGGGUUGAGAACUUGAUUCCCUAAGCUGUUCCUGUCACCCCUAAUUAACUUGUGAGAGACAACAGCUGAGUUUUCCAUGCCCAGCACAUUUAUUUCCUUUUAUUUGGGGCCCGCACUUUCUGCAUGUCUCAUAGAUUUUAGUUUUUACCUGGCCUUAAAAUAAAUUCCUUGUAAGUUGUCCUGCAAAUGAAAUUACUGUCUGGAAAACUGCAAUCUCAUCUUGAGAGUUUUAUUAUGCUAAUAAA